AAUAAAGACGGAAGUUUCGGGGAAACCUGAGCACGACUGUGACACACACACACACACACACUGAGCACCUGUGGUUGUCCGAGUCAGCUGAUCUCACAGAUCAACAACAGUUUCACUCAGCUGCACUGAGCAUGCUCAGUACUACGAGCGUCAGUACAUUGUAGUACAAGUAAUAGUUUGACUACUAUGCAGUAGCAUCAGUAGUGUAUCAGUACUCUGAUGGCGGUGUGUGUCGGCGGCCUCGGCGUGACUGACAGCCAUUGACGUCUCUGUCAGCUCGCUGCCGUCUCCUCCCGUGUGAGAGCAGUAAUCACAGUUUAGGACGCCUUCAUGUUAAAAUAUCUCCGUUUACCUCUGAAGUCGAGAUUGAAACCUCACUCAGACGCUCGCCGCCGUUUCAAAGCGCUGAUUUGGGUAAAUGACUAUAAUUAAUCCUCCGCCGCGGCGGUUUGAGGCCCCGCGGGGCCGGGCGUGCCGUUUGAUUGACAGCUCUAUUUUUAAGCCUUCCUGCUGACAACAGGACGUGGAGCAGGAGGGAACGGGGACGUUUGAUGGACAGUUUGUCCUCAUUUCCUCUUCCUCCUGCCAUGAAGUCCACCUGACGGCACUGAUUGGAGGAAAGUUUCUCCUUGAGAAUCUGGACCAGGUUCUGGAGCUGAGCGGGUAAGUUAUUGAAACCAUUCUGACGGCAGAGCCACGAGGAUGCUGCGAGCGGUGGAGAUGGAGAUGGUCCGCUGUGGCGGACCCUGAAGGAAAGAAUAGAAUCUCUGAGUAGUGUUGCUGGAGGAGGCCGGCGCUGCACUCCCUGCAGGCUCACCUGCAGUGUGACUUGGAAGCUCAAACCACACCUGCUGCACCGCCCGCCCGACCCUCCAGUGUUCUCGCUGACAGCAGGAUGUUCCUCCCUCUGAUUGACUCCCUGAAAUAGUUUAAGGAUAUAAAUGUUUAUAAUAACAUCCAAAGUAUGUCAGUGUUUUUUUACACGCAGGCAGUAUCCCUUAUUACUAGUGUGUGUAUCCGGAACGAGAUGACGCUACUGCGCAUGUCCACGCAAUCAGCUGCUUAGCGGAGAAGGCGGGGUUUGUGACGUAGCAGGAAGCGUUAAUCACGCGUGUCUGUUCGUGUGGAGAGUUUCACAGUGAGUAUUUAUUUGUCUCGUUUUCCUCUUUUUAAUUUAUUUUUCUUUUAAUCUGAAAGGUCUUCGCAGACCGGAAGUUUCUGUUAGCAUCAGGUCAACGGUAGCAGCCGCGCGGGGCGACACGUGUGUGUGUGCGCGCUCUCGUGUCGAACUUUAAACACGCCGCUCUGUGGUGGGUUAAGCUCCUCGUGGGCCUAACUCACAGCUGUUUUACACGUGACUGAAGUUUGUGGACACACGCACACCUCUGAUGAUGUCAUCUUCCGAUGAACAGUUGUGUCGGAACAGCUCCAGCGACAUGACGUCACCGCCAUCCCGCAAACGGAAACGUCAGAAGGCUCAGCAGCCAUGGGCUCCACCCAGUGAUGGGACAGACGGGACCCCAAAGAAGAAGAAGAAGGAUGGAGCGAAGGAAACGGGACGUGGCGGCAUCAAGACCUCCUCACUGUUCAAACAUAACCCUGACAUCCCAGACAUCCACAGACCAGCCAUCGCUCAGCUGAAGGAGAAGAUUUUUACCUCCGACUCGUUUUCAGACCUCGACCUGCACCCUCACUUGGUGGCCACUCUGAACAAAGUUAUGAAUAUUUCUACACUCACCAGUGUACAGAAGCAGACGAUCCCAGCUCUCCUGGCGGGACGCGAUGCUGUGGUCCGCUCUCAGACAGGAUCAGGUAAAACUCUGUCCUAUGCCGUCCCGCUGGUCCAGAGUCUUCAGUCGAUUCAGCCGAAGGUCAGCAGGUCAGAUGGUCCUCUGGCUCUCAUCAUCGUCCCCACCAGAGAGCUCGCCCAGCAGACCUUCCAGACCUUCCAGAAGCUUCUGAAGCCGUUUACCUGGAUCGUUCCGGGUGUCCUGAUGGGAGGAGAGAAGAGGAAAGCGGAGAAGGCCAGGAUCCGUAAAGGAAUCAACAUCCUGGUUUCGACUCCUGGACGUCUGGUGGACCAUAUCAAAAACACCCUGAGCAUCGCCUUCAGCGCCGUCUGCUGGCUGGUCCUGGACGAGGCCGAUCGGACGUUGGACCUCGGCUUUGAGAAGGACCUGACGGUCAUAUUAAACAGCCUGAACUCUGCGGGACCAGCCCGACAGAACGUGCUGCUCUCUGCGACGCUCACAAAUGGUGUGACGCGGUUAGCAGACGUGUGUUUAAACGACCCGGUCAGCAUCCACGUGUCUGGCGCUCCCUGCUCUGACCUCACCACCACCUCCGCUGUAACAUGUGACCCCGAAGGAGCCAGCCAAUCAGAGAGCUUUGCUGUGCCUGAGGCUCUGAAGCAGUUUGUGGUGGUGGUUCCCAGUAAGGUCAGACUGGUCUGCCUGGCUGCUUUAAUACUGGACAAAUGCAAGUUUUCUCAGAACGACAAACUCAUCGUCUUCAUCUCGAGCUGCGAGGCCGUCGAGUUCCUUCACUCUCUCUUCACCGCUGUCCUCUCCAGGCCCUCAGCCAAUCACAAACCUCCGCUGAGGUUCCUGCGUCUCCAUGGCAACAUGAAGCAGGAGGACCGCACGGAGGCCUUCCAGCAGUUUUCGGCGUCACAGUCGGGAGUGCUGCUCUGUACGGACGUGGCAGCCAGGGGCUUGGACCUGCCCCAGGUCACCUGGAUUAUUCAGUACACUCCUCCCACCGCAGCGGCCGAGUACGUUCACCGCGUCGGACGUACAGCUCGGAUUGGAGCGCGAGGAAGCAGCCUCCUCUUCCUCACCCCCGCUGAGACCGCCUUCAUCACUGAGCUGGCCAAUCACAACAUCAGCCUAUCAGAGAUGAAGCUGCAGGACAUCCUGUCCAGUCUGAUGUUUGAUGAUGUCUACAAGGGGCGGGGCAAGUACCAUAGCAAGAGUUCGUCCAAAGCUCUGGAGCAGGAAGUCCGCGAGCGAGCGACCGUCCUUCAGACUGAGUUUGAGAACUUUGUCCACGCGGACGCUCGGUCGCUACAGGCUGCCAAGAAAGCACUGCAGUCCUUCCUGCGAGCGUACACCACCUACCCUGCUCACCUCAAACACAUCUUCCACAUCCGCUCGCUCCACCUGGGCCACGCCGCCAAGAGCUUUGGCCUCAGAGAUGCUCCGCAGGGUCUGACUGCCGCCGCCGGUCCCGGGGCCUCCGGGAGCCACAGGAAGAACCAGAACCAGGCCCGGAAGCAGACCGGGAGUCCGGCCAAGAACCAGAACCAGAAGAAGCUGACUGGAAAGAAGAGGUUUGGUCAGAGGGAGGUCCGGCUGAUCCGCUCAGAGUUCUCCAGCGGGCUGGAGAGUAGAGACGCCAAGAAGAAGAAGGAGGAGGAGUAGGAGUGAUGAAGAAGAGUCUGAUGUUGAGCAGCUGAGGCGAUGGUCAAUAUAUAAAAGAUGUGAUUGAUGCUGACGUGUGAGCGAGCUCCUCCUCCUGCCUUGGCUGGUUGGCUGGUGCACUCGUCGGUCUGUGACGAGAUUUUUGAGUUUCAGACGGUCGCAGAAUAACGACCAUCGGACCGCUCCACUCUCACCACUUCACGCACGUUUCUGUCGCUCCGAGCUGCGAGUUUGAAACCCGAGUGCUGCUCGUGGACACGCCCCCGACUCCCCGCCCUGUUCCUGACUGUGCACCUGUGUCAUUUGUCCUUAGGGGCCACUGUACUGCAUCCCCAACAUGAACCCGUGCUAAUAAAAGCAGAUGUUUGUGUGCA